AUACCAGCCGAGGGUGCUACGGGGUUUAAAGGGAGGAUUUAGGAAACAGAUGAGAAGCGUUUGGUGCAGACGUUUUGUGAGAUACGUUGGGUGGACCAUUUUCUUCCAGAAGAAACCCUUGCCUUUUUCACUGGCUCAACUCACAUCUUCUCAACCAUUAUGGUUCUGGAAGCAAAAGCCGUUGUCCAUCACCCAUACUGGCCUCAGAAUUUGGAAAUCAAAAAUUACGUCCCAAAUGACCAGCCCUCAUGGCAGAUCUUGACAUACUUCUUCUCUAUUGUAGGAAUUCUCAUGGUAUUGAUCUGGUUUGUAGCAGGCUGGCAGAGCAAGACCUGGGGCCCUUUUGGAACUUGGCGCACCUUGAUCAUUGGCUGGUUUACCGUCUGUGGUUUUAUUCAUGGUGUAGUUGAAGGCUGGUUUGUCCUUUACCACAUGGAAAUCCCAGGGGAAUCCUUUCUCUCACAGCUCUGGAAGGAAUAUGCCAAAGCGGACAGCAGAUAUAUUAUAUCAGAUAAUUGCAUAAUUUGCAUUGAAGCCAUUACUGCCUGGUUUUUCAGUCCCCUCAGUCUUUGGACUGUAGUUGCAUUUCUUUCACGCCAGUCCCAUCGAUAUGUACUGCAGCUAGUAGUGUCAGUAGGUCAACUAUAUGGAACCGUUCUGUACUACUACAGUGAAUACCGUGAUGGCUUUUGCCAUGGUGAGAUGUGGCACCCUCUCUACUUCUGGUUUUACUUUGUCUUCCUGUCUGGUCUGUGGUUUAUUAUUCCCUCUAUUCUCAUCUGGGAUGCCUGGAAGCACCUUAGUGCUUGCCAGAGAGUAAUGGAUGCUAACAAGGUCAAAAAAUAUUGAUGUUUUACACAGCAGGUUAUAUUAGACGGUACUCCCAGCCAUUCAGAAGUUGAUCUUGUACUCUUCUUGUCAGAUCCCUAGAGUGAUACUGCUAUUCAACAGGGGAAAGGGGGGAACCUCGAAUGUAAUUAUUUUUAUACCUCUGACCACUGCUGUUUUAUAAUCUUUAUCCUGGCUUCUAA